AUGGCGGGUCCUGGCGUGGCUGCAGCUAUGGCCUGGCCGGUAGAUAACUCGUGCCACCCGAUAACGCCGACACACCUGUCGGGAGCUCCCUCUGUGACGCCGCGGAUCACAGCGCCGCCAUAUCUGGGCUGCCACACUGCGACAUGCCCACUGGGCUGCCAGGGAGAGCGCUUGUUGGCGCUGGGGCUGCCGGUGACGGAGGAGCAGUUGGCCGAGUUGGAGGCGCACGUGUACCAGGUGGACCUGGCGGCAGCCGCUGCCGAGGAGAAGCUGACGCGCCAUGACGUCAUGGCGCACGUGCACGUGCUGGCCAAGCAGUGCCCUCUGGCGGCGCCCAUUAUACACCUGGGCGCCACCUCCUGCUACGUGGGUGAUAACACGGACUUGAUUAUAAUUCGUGAUGGUUUCAACAUUCUCCUGCCUAAAUUGGCUAACUGCAUUGAUAAACUGUCCAAGUUUGCAGCUGCAUACAAGGAUAUGCCUACACUUGGAUUUACACACAUGCAACCUGCGCAGUUAACAACUGUGGGGAAGCGAGCUUGCCUCUGGCUGCAGGACCUGCUAAUGGAUGAACGAGCUCUUUGCCGAGCCAGAGAUGACCUUCGCUUUCGUGGAGUCAAAGGCACAACUGGUACACAGGCUUCCUUCUUGCAGCUGUUCAAUGGUGACAGCAGAAAGGUCAAAGAACUUGACAAACUAGUAACUGAGAUGGCAGGAUUCUCCAGAUCAUUCAUAAUUUGUGGUCAGACAUACACAAGGAAGGUGGACACUGAGUGUGUAGCAACGCUGAGCAGCCUUGGUGCCUCUGUACAUAAGAUUUGCACUGACAUACGCUUGUUAGCAAAUAUGAAAGAACUGGAAGAGCCUUUUGAGCAGACACAAAUUGGUUCAAGUGCUAUGCCAUACAAACGCAAUCCGAUGCGUAGUGAACGUAGUUGCUCCAUAGCUCGCCACCUUAUGUCACUGUGCAAUAACACUCUCCAAACUGCUGCCACCCAGUGGAUGGAGAGGACACUUGAUGACUCGGCUAACAGGAGAAUUACAUUGGCUGAGGCUUUCCUGUCUGCUGAUAGUGUGCUGGUGACACUGCAAAAUGUUUUUGAAGGCCUGGUAGUGUAUCCAAAAGUUAUAGAAAGGCAUAUUCGACAAGAACUCCCUUUCAUGUGUGCAGAAAACAUCAUUAUGGCUAUGGUAAAAGCUGGCGGUGAUAGGCAGGUGUGCCAUGAAAAAAUUCGUGUUCUCUCGCAUGAAGCUGGAGCACAAGUGAAACAAAAGGGUCUUGACAAUGAUUUGCUGGAGAGAAUACGUCGUGACCCAUACUUUUCUCCAAUUUUGUCUCAGCUGGAUGAUCUCCUCAAUCCAUCAACAUUCAUUGGAAGAGCUCCAGAACAGGUUACUGAGUUUCUUGAGGAGGAAGUUCAACCAGUUCUUGAAAAAUAUAAAGGGAAACUAGGAAAAGCAGCAGUCCUGGAAAUAUAGUGAAUCAUGAACUGCAGAUUUCUUAAAAAAGAAGAAGACUUACAAAAGUUUGCUGAUAUCAUUUUUAUUUUGAAGAUACUGUAGUAAUACAAUUUGUAAACAAAUAAAAGCAUUAUUGUUCACCUACAGAUGUAUUGAGUCUUCGACAAGUAAUGCCAUAAUAAAGUGCUUUACUUCAAA